AACACAUACAAAACUUGGACAGGCAGAAUUUCCUUCAUUUCGGUUCUUUCUCCUCUUGAGAUUCUCCAGCGCCCGCCCCAUCAUACAGGAGUGGAAACCUCCACAGACAACAAGAGAAGAUGGCUAGUAAGCCCUCAGGAUCUGUCAAGGAUAUCAUCGAUUUGGCAUACAAGCUACGGACUGUUGAGGACUGUGAGGAACCGUUCCAAACUAUGCAGCAACUCCUAGAACCUUGGAGAGAGCCAUCGAAUCCGAGCAUUCUUCAGCCCGCUGCCCUGGAAAUACUAAACGAUAGCCAUUUAAUGGUCGUUGUAAUCUUGAAACACUGGGAUAAAGUGCUCAAGAUGCUACUAUCGUUCAAUGUAGACAUUCAAGACAGUGUCAUGUCGCUCGCCGUCCAUACUGCGAAACAAAGGCGCGACUUCACUCCUCUCAGAGCCUUGUUCGAGUCGGUCUGGGACAUCAACCGGCCGCUCAACAGCCACUGCCCCCCAGCCAUCAGCCUGGUACUGCAACACCCUGACUUCGUCGACGCCUGUCUCGCUUUGGGCGCCGAACCAGACUCCAAAGCGGAGUCCGGCCACACCACAAUGCAGCGCGCAGUAGGCUAUGCGCCCUUCGCCAUGAUCAAACUGCUCGUAGACCGUGGCGCUGUGGUCGCGGGCACGAAUCUACUGCCCCACGCAGCCCUCGCGUACAUCGACACCCCAGGCGGACCAGAGAUACUGGACCGACUGGAGGUUUCCAAGUAUCUGAUUGAGCGAGGAGCGUUGCUUGAUGCGUGCUAUAUUGACACGUACAAGGGUAACACGUCAGGUGAUUAUAUGUAUUAUGGAAGAAUGACUGCGCUACACUUCGCUAUUAUCGGGGGCAAGAGAGAUUUGAUAGAGUUGUUGCUUGACAGUGGGGCGGAUGCUGGGAUUGGCGCGCAGUCUACGUGGAAGACAGACUGGGAAGUAAUCAGUAGCGUUGCAUUGGCACAAAAGUGCGGGUUUGAGGAUAUUGCUUCGAUGCUGAGGGGGAGAGAGAUGUCUCGAACAGACGUAGAGAAAGAAGUCGUCAAUGAUGGCUGAGCUUCUGGUCCAGCGGUUACAUUAUUUAUACGAUAUUGCCACUCAUUAACCACGUUACAACUCGAGUCAUAAGUGACCCUCAC